UACUUCCACCCAAACAAAGAUGGCGGCUGAUAGUUCGUAUGCAGCGAACGAAAAGGAUAAACUUCCUGAAAGGGUUGUGCUUUGGGACGAGACCGAGGUCGCAGAAAAACAAGUAAAUCAAGUUGGCACUUCGGCUUGUGGAGCUACUGCAGUUUUAAAUGUUCUGAAAUUACUUGGAAGGUCAGCAUUGGUGGAUAUGGCAGUUAAUGCAGUAAAUACAAGACUGAGAGAUCUUAGUGCUCCUUUGCCCCAAUACCUCUUGUCACGCAGUGUUGCAGGAACAACACACAAAGAUCUUAUUGGGGGGCUUGAUAAAUUGACAAAUGGUGAGGUAAUAGGACAUUUCUUUCACAUGUACCCCAAGCGUGACUUUGACUUAUCAAGUUGGUUGAAAUACUGGCUAAUGAAUGGUGUAAUACCACUGGCAACUCUAAACUGUCAAAAGGUGCCUUUAGAUGAUGGAACAAUACCAGAUGCGUGGCAUCAUCAGGUUAUUUGUGGUGUGAGCGAGAAUGGUGUUCAUCUUACUAACCCUCAAAGAGUGAGUCCCUUUGAUGUGAUAUCUAAGGAACUAUGUAGUGAAUCUGUCCUUCUAAUUCGACGUCAUGACGUCUUACAGAGAUGGAGUAAUACUCUUGAUUACUCUUGCUGGAAGUCAGAUGGAAACAGAUGGAAUGAACUGAAAGUUAGAGAGCAGAUUGAUCAGAUGGUGAAAGAAGAAACUUUGUUAUUACUUCAUGGGAGUGAGCUUAAACACAGAGAGCUAUUAACAACACAUGUUACCAUUCCUGCUGCAUAUAAAUCUGGAAUUACUCUGUUUGCUUUGAGAGACUCUAAUGCACACAAGCUUUUAGAGCAGGCUAAUGAACUUACUCUGGAGUCUGCUUAUAAAGACAUAGAUGACAAGAGGCAAUCUUUGCACAGCGAAAAAAAUCUGAGUGUCAUUGUAUAAGGAAAAUUACCCAUACCUGUCACAUUUCACACAUAAAUACUUUUAUACCAUACCAUAGAAAAUACGGCCAAUCAGAAUACAGGAAAGCCAUUGUAUUUUUGACAGUAUUACAUCCAACCUUCCCAUCAUGCACCGCACAUAUGUCGCAUUGACUGUGUUGGCCACUACAUUUUCAAUAGCCUGCGAACGCAGACGUAUUUCCAGCUGUCGCUUGUCUCUGCCGAAAAUAGCGUCUGCGAACCCG